UGGAAGCAAGCGGCCUGUUGGCUCUCAGCUGAAAGGAAUGUCCUUUCAGUCAGGAGAAACGUCUCAGGCAGAGCUCUCAGAUCUCAAAUAUUGGUAAUUUUACUCCCACAAAUGAACCACAAAGUUUUUAUUUUGUUAUUGUCAGUGUAAAUUAACAGAAAGGAAAGGGUUUGGCUUAAAUGCCAGGUUUUUUCUUUGCUUUUAAUGUGUGUAGCAAUAAAAUCAUAGAAUGGUUGCGGUUGGAAGGGACCUUCAAAAUCAGAAGUUAUAUAUAUAUAUAUAUAUGGAUGAUGUUGGCAGUAGUUUUCCUCUUACUGUUUUACUGAUUCAGAUGAUUUACAUUUGUUCUGCUCAAGCUGUGAAGUUUCUAAUCUAGGACUGGCAAGCAGGCUUGCUUAGUGUCAGAAACUUCAUUUUAUGAUGAUUUUUCUCCCCCAAACCCACCCCAUAAAGUGAUGCUGUCUUUCAUUUUCCACUGAGCCCUCGCAGGAAGGCUGUAUGCCGUUCUACAUCCAGAACCCUCCCCUCGAGCUGUAAAGCUCCGGGGAUGUGUCAAACCCAUGCAAUAUUCAGCAUCAGAAGGGAUGAGCUUUGCCCAUCGCAGAACAAGGCUCCCACGGCCGGAUGAUGCGGCGCGUCCGGUGCCUCAAGGGUUACCGGGGCACGGCUGCUAAUGCCGCUUAAGCUGAUCUUAGCCGAGCUUAACUUCUUUCAGCAGUUUGCAGAUGGGAAGGGGGUGGGCCGGCCUGCAGUCAGCAGUUCUUCACCAAGGACACAACGCCAGCCAUGAGCUGACGGCGGGCAGGGGCAGAGCAGGGAACCGGCCUCCCCGAGCCGAGUUCGCCGUGUCGCUGGCGGAGAAGAUGCAGGCUCAGGAGCUGCUGCGGAGCCUGCGGCUGCCCGAGUUCGAUGACCUGAGCCAGCUCUUCCGCAGCCUGCCCGCCUCGGCGCUCGUGGGCAUCGGCGCCUUCGCCGCCGUCGUCGCCUACUGGUUCGCCAGCCGGCCCCGCGCCGUGAAGCCGCCCUGCGACCUGCGGAUGCAAUCGGAGGAGGUGGAGGGCCUGGAUGGAGCACGCCGGUCGGUGAUCGGGGACAGCCCGCAGCUCCUGACGCACUACUACGAUGAUGCCAGGACCAUGUACGAGGUCUUCAGGAGGGGCUUCAGCAUCUCUGAAAACGGCCCCUGCCUGGGUUUCAGGAAGCCAAAUCAGCCCUACCAGUGGCUGUCCUACAAGGAGGUGGCUGAAAGAGCAGAAGCCCUGGGUUCAGGCCUAAUUCAGCAGGGCUGCAAGCCAUCCACGAAGCAGUUCAUUGGGGUCUUUGCUCAGAACCGCCCAGAGUGGAUCAUUUCCGAGCUGGCUUGCUACACCUACUCCAUGGUGGUGGUUCCCCUCUACGACACCUUGGGUCCCGGAGCCAUUCGUUACAUCGUCAACACAGCUGACAUCUCCACGGUCAUUUGUGACAAGCCCGAAAAGGCCAGAACACUCCUGGACCACGUGGAGAGGAGAGAAACGCCGGGUCUGAGCUCCAUCAUCCUGAUGGACCCCUUUGAAAAGGAGCUGACGGAGAGAGGGAGGCGUUGUGGAGUUCGCAUCCAGACCAUGCAGGAGGUGGAGGACUGUGGCCGCGAGAGUCGCCAUGUGCCUGUGCCUCCUCGACCAGAAGACCUCUCAAUUGUCUGUUUUACUAGUGGCACCACAGGGAACCCCAAAGGUGCCAUGCUGACCCACGGGAACGUGGUCGCGGACUUUUCGGGCUUUCUGAAAGUGACGGAGAAAGUGAUCUUUCCGAGACAGGACGAUGUGCUCAUCUCCUUCCUGCCUCUGGCUCACAUGUUUGAACGAGUUAUACAGGUAAGAAACCUGCCUGAACUGACGAGGCCUCGUGGGGCUCCUUGUGUUUUCUUCCAGAGUCAGUGGUCUCCUACUUGUGAGGAUGUACACAUUUCCUAUUUGCCUUUAGCACACAUGUUUGAGAGAAUGGUACAGUCUGUAGUGUACUGCCACGGAGGGCGCAUCGGGUUCUUCCAAGGCGAUAUCCGCCUCUUAUCUGAUGACAUGAAAGCGUUGCGCCCAACCAUCUUCCCUGUUGUGCCGCGGCUGCUGAACAGAAUGUAUGAUAAGAUCUUCAGCCAGGCAGACACAUCCCUCAAGCGCUGGGUUCUGGAGUUUGCUGCAAGAAGGAAAAAGGCUGAAGUUCGAAAGGGGAUCAUCAGAAAUGACAGCUUGUGGGAUAAACUGUUCUUCAACAAAAUACAGGCAAGCCUUGGUGGGUGCGUUCGAAUGAUCGUCACGGGCGCUGCUCCUGCAUCUCCAACCGUGCUGGGCUUCCUCCGUGCAGCCCUUGGGUGUCAGGUUUACGAAGGUUAUGGCCAAACAGAGUGCACAGCUGGGUGCACCUUUACAACCCCAGGUGACUGGACAUCAGGUCAUGUAGGAGCUCCUUUGCCCUGUAACUUAAUCAAACUGAAGGAUGUGGAAGAGCUGAAUUAUUUUGCUUCCAAAGGAGAAGGAGAGAUAUGUGUGAAAGGACCAAACGUUUUCAAAGGUUAUCUGAAGGAUGAAGAGAAGACAACGGAGGCGCUGGACCAGGAGGGCUGGCUUCACACGGGGGACAUUGGGAAAUGGUUACCUAACGGGACGCUUAAAAUUAUUGAUCGGAAAAAGCACAUAUUUAAACUUGCUCAGGGAGAAUAUAUUGCACCGGAGAAGAUCGAGAACAUCUAUAUCCGCAGUGACCCUGUUGCCCAGAUCUAUGUCCACGGAGACAGCCUGCAGGCCUUUCUGGUGGGAAUUGUGGUGCCUGAUUCCGAAGUUAUGCCAGGCUGGGCAAAGAAAAGAGGGUUUGAUGGAUCUUAUGCAGAGCUCUGUAGAAAUAAGGCACUGCAGCAAGCGAUAAUGGAAGACAUGGUACGGCUGGGUAAGGAGAGUGGACUUCAUUCCUUCGAGCAGGUCAAAGCUAUUUACAUUCACUCUGAUAUGUUCUCAGUACAAAACGGUUUGUUGACACCGACGUUGAAGGCCAAGAGACCAGAACUGCGAGAUUACUUCAAGAAACAAAUAGAAGAGCUAUAUUCAAGUGUGUCCAUCUGAAAUCCUGGGAAGAACCUUCUGAAUAAUGGACUCCAUAGCAAUAUUAGAAUAAUCCUCAAAAGUACAGAGCCAGAAGGGCACAGCUGAAACGGAUAAGCAUCUGAAUCUUACAUCUGAGCCUUUCAUCAUUCUAGGGUUUCACCACUAACCACAUCUUUCCUUCUUUUUUUCCAUCAGGCGUAAUACAGUUUAUUUUCUACUCUGUGUACACAAUAGGGUACUACUAAGGAUGAUGUUAAAUUGCCACAAAAUACACAGAGAUUUCAAUCUAUGACCAAGUAAAUUAUGGAAACUUACGUUAUUAAUAACUCCAAACGUUUUUAAUUAAAAUAAGGAAAAUUUCAGGUAUGUCUGUUGAUAUCUGAUUGUACAUAACCUAAUACAUUAGAAGCUAAAAUUGUGGAUAAUUCAAUAAUGUGGUCUACCUCAAACAGUCAGUGAUUGAUGGUGAAAGUCUGUUUUCCCUGAUCUGGAACUUCAAGCUGGAUAUUAGUUUAUAUAUUAAGUGAUAGUUUUUGUAUUUUCCAGGACAUAAAUUGCAUUGAUUUGAUUUAAUCAUUAAUGACCUAACAACCAGAACACAAAUAGGAACCAAUCUCCUGCUCUUUGUACUUAAAAGAACUAUUACUAUUUACAUCUAAUGGAUUAAUAUUACCUUGAAAUUACAAGAACAGGUUGGGAAGCAGUAGGAUGCAGUUCCCUCUUCCGUUCUUUUCGUCUGAACUCGUUUUAUACAUGGCAUGCUGAUUUUCCAUUAGGGCCUCCUUCAGUUCAGAACACUCAUGGACAUCCGAACUACUCCAAGUGAUAAGGUUACAAAAGCACCACUGGCUCUGUGGCAGCUUUCUGUGGGAGCUCACAUUAACCCCAAUCCUCAUCCCUAAUUUAUUUACAUGCUGCUAAUACUGGGUAGUCCAGUUGGACUAAUUCCCUUUCAGAAACAGUGCUAAAGGAAUGGAGCAUGAGGUACAGGCUGUGAUUAUUCAGGCUGCCCAGAGAAGCUGUGGCUGCCCCAUCCCUGGCAGUGUUCAAGGCCAGGUUGGACACAGGGGCUUGGAGCAAGCUGCUCCAGUGGAAGGGGUCCCUGCCCGUGGCAGGGGUUGGAGCUGGAGGAGCUUUAAGGUCCCUUCAACACAAAUCAUUCUAUGAUUCUGAAUGGGACUUAGCAGAACAAAUUGGUCUGGGAGAAGAUGUCCUUCUGUUGACCAGGAAUGGAAGAGAUGCAGCUCCAGCAGGCCCUGACGAUGGGCAAAAGGCUCUGUUGGCUGAUGUAUGGUGGCACGGUAACGGUACAUCACUGGAUGUGGCUGUAGAAAGGCCUGUGAAGAAAACAUCUCUAAGCUCAGACACCUGGGAGCCUCAGUUCCCACUGUCAUCACUUCCAGUGACCUCUAUGGAACAAACAGCAUGUUUUCAGGAUGAAACCUUAAGAUUGCACAGCCAGUGGCAGCUGUUAGAAGAGGGUGCAAGUCCCCUGUGGGACAGGAGCAGACUGGAGCCCUCUCCUGAGAGAAAGCACGGUACAAAGCAACAAGAAAACUGCAACGUUAAGUCGCUUGAAUGCUUGGACUGUUGGUGGCUUCUUUCUGCUAAACAGGGUCCUAAAUGUAUCUGUGUAUUUGAAUAGCUGCUGUUCGUUGCACCAGUGCGUACUAGCAUGGAGCUGUGCCUGCUAGAGCUUCUUUGCUAGGACAGUGAAAGCACACUUGUUUUCUCUCUUAAACCGGAAUCCACUUUUGAAGCCCCAAAUUUUCACUCUAAAUGGUCUCUUACUUUCCCUCUACAAUUCUAUUGCAUGCUUCCAAAUGAAAUACAUUGGAUUAAUGAUGUAGUGUUACCCAGCGACUGAUUUAUUGCAGUAAUUUCCUAACAAAAUGAUCCAAAGGAAGCAUAUCAGCUAGCAUAAUCACUCAUAUAAAGAGCAGAGCGAUUUGAUUUAUCAGAUGUGGAAGUAUUUAUUUGUCUGAAUUCCUCUUUGCGCCCAAUUCCUCAUUGGAUUCCAGUGCAGUGAUUCAUAUCAGUUCAAAGCGAGCAAGAAAUUCCGUCAUGGUGAUCUGACGGGAUUGUACGUUCGUUCUUCACCAGCGCACGAAGCAAGAGCAUCCCUGGGGAAUCUGUGUCUGCCACGUCGACACGGGGUAGGAAUUACUGUAUGGAAUGUGGCUCUUUGGGUCAAGUCAUAAAGGCUUUUUAGCUCUGCAGAGUCUAGCUCAUCUCCUUUUUGUAUCAGCCAAAAGAGAGUCAUUGCGCUUGCUUCAAAAUGACGAAGAACUAGCUUCAGUUCAACUUCCUGUCUGCUUUAAUGGGACACACUUUAAAAACUAAAUAAUUGCAAUUAAAAAGUCAUCUAAAUAAGUACGAAAGAGCUAUUUCCCACUGACCUUUUUCUACCAGAGUAAUUUGAUUUCCUUUUCUCCCAGUUUACCACACUUUUCUAGGCAACUAAACUCUGACUUUUAUUUGUAUAGAAGAUCCCAGUGAGUUUAUUGACAGCCUAGAUGGCUGAUACAUUUACAUCUAUAAUGCUGAAUGAAUAUAUCUCUACUCCUCUUUUGGUACUUGAUGCAAAAUGUCAGAUGCACUAGAGCCAAAGAUAUGAACACCUAAAGAAUAAGAAAGCAAAAACACAGACUUGGCCACACUGGAAUGAUGUGAAAUUGGGGAGGACUUGUGCUGUCACAUCGAAAAGAGUGAAUACUUUCAGCACUUGUAUAAAUCAACUAGAAGCUCUCUUUAAUACUUCUUGUGCAAUCAGAUUUUCCUCUGCAGGUCACUUUUUCUCGCUAUAAGCAUAAUGAUGAGAUUAAAACUUGAAAACAGGCGUAACACAUGAGCUAGGCACAAACAUGCUCAAAUGCCAGGAAUAUUUAUGUUGCAUUGAGCCCUUGUAAACUGAACUACUUCUUGUGACCACCAAGGAGAAACCCCCAGGGCUGUCUGAUACAGGUUCUAUUGCUCAAGAUAACUAAUUCCAAAAUUAACUUCUUCAUUUUACACAUAACAGAAAAGAACCUGACUUAAAUCUUCUGGAACGAAACAAAAACCACUUAGAUUCUUUUAAUCUAUGGUUUAUUUUCCAUGUGUUACAAGCACAAACCGGUGAUCUCUAUGUAAAUAAACUGCUACAAGAUGAAUGUAAACUGGGGAAGAAUAUACUAUUUUUGCAUGGUAACAGACUACUUAAAGACCUCUUGAUGCCUUACAGAAAAGUGGGAAAAGCAUUUUAUUUAGAGGCAAUUCUAUCUGUGUACUUUUUGUAUCUUUAGCUCACUUUGGUUUUGUCUGUGGAAAACCAAAGAAUAGAGGAAUUAGCUCUUUGCUUCUUCUUGGCAUUAACAUUCUUCAGUACUUUGCACAUUCAGUGGUUUCUGCUCUGCUUUUGCUUCUGUUCAACGCCGAUGCUGAGGCUGUGCUUUCCGGAGGAGAAAUCGGGAUGCUUGUAGCCUGGGGAGGGGAAAAAAGGUUUAGAUCCCUGGAAUUGUUCCAAAAUAAAAUGUUUUCUGAGGCAUCCAGAGCCCCUUUAAGCCCUUCACUUCAUUUCAGCUUUUUGGUAUGUAUUUUAGACAGAUAUAAGCAGCAAACGAGGUGGUUUCCUAAGUGUUGCUUGCUCUAUUUUCAGCUGGAAGUGAAGGGGUUAAAACAUACCCUUUCCACUUGUGUAAACCCAAUCUCUCCCCAAUCUUACCUGUAAUCAAGGGUUUUUCAGCUUUGGUAUAUCGGCAUGAAUAUCAGCAAGCCAUCAAUGGUGGCUUUUAUAAGGAAUUCAACUGGCACACUUCUCCAGACCUCUCUGAAGGUUUUCUCAUGGACUGAGGUACAAUAAAAGCUCUUUUCUAAACCCCGUUAUCACUCCAGCACGUUGGCCUCACCAUGGGAGUGCAGGAUGCGUGCCUACACCUGACGUGUUGGUUGAUCAGAUUAACACUCGUUAUAAAGCAACCAAAGGAAUAUUGGGACCUGAGAUUGAUUUUAGCAAUCUCAAACAAAACCGAGUUGUUGCGAAGUGCUCUGAAGAUGCAGCAGUCUUUCUGUAAUGGUUUCCUUUUUUUUUAUUUCAGAUCAAUAAUAAUGUAACCAAAUGUAUAUGCUUGUUUAAUAUGAAUUGACAAUUGGGAAUGCAUAGUAUUUUUUCAGACUAUGUGUCUAAAACAAUAAAGUUUAAAAGCAUUUGGUCUCUA